AUGAAAGCUGUCGUUGCUGGAGCCGCUGGUGGUAUUGGACAGCCUCUGUCUCUCCUCUGCAAGGCCAGCCCGCUCAUUGAUGAGCUCGCCCUCUACGAUGUCGUGAACACCCCCGGUGUCGCGACUGAUUUGUCGCACAUCUCCUCCAGGGCGAAAGUCACCGGCUUCCUCCCCGCGGACGACGGCAUGAAGAAGGCCUUUACCGGCGCCGACAUUAUCAUCAUCCCCGCCGGCAUCCCCCGCAAGCCCGGCAUGACCCGCGACCAACUUUUCAACACCAACGCCGGCAUCGUCGCCUCCCUGGUCAAAGGCGUCGCGGAAUUCGCCCCCACCGCUUACCUUCUGAUCAUCUCCAACCCGGUCAACUCCACCGUGCCCAUCGCCGCUGAGGUCCUCAAGAAGGCCGGUGUCUUCAACCCCAAGAAGCUGUUCGGUGUCACCACCCUCGACGUCGUCCGCGCCGAGACCUUCGUCGCGGGUAUCACCGGCGAGGCCGAUCCCACCAAGCUGAACAUCCCUGUCAUCGGGGGGCAUUCCGGUGAGACCAUCGUGCCACUGUUCAGCCAGGCGACGCCGAAGUUCGAGAUCGCCGGCGAUGCGUUGGAGAAGUUGACGUACCGCGUCCAAUUCGGCGGUGACGAAGUCGUCAAGGCCAAGGACGGUGCCGGCUCCGCCACUCUCUCCAUGGCGUACGCGGGCUUCCGGUUCGCGGAGAAGGUCAUCCGCGCCGCGAAGGGCGAGACGGGGAUCAAGGAGCCGACGUUCGUGUACCUGGCCGGUGUGGAGGGCGGGAAGGCGAUUGCGGAGGCGACCGGGUGCGAGUACUUCUCCGUGCCGGUCGAGCUUGGGACCGAGGGCGCGGUGAAGGCGACGAACAUCGUCGGUGAUGCCAACGAGUAUGAGAAGAAGCUUCUCGAGAAGUGCUAUGAGGGCUUGAAGGGCAACAUUGCCAAGGGCGUUGAGUUCGUCAACACCCCGCCGAAGUGA